GAUAAUACUUAAUGGGGACCAGUCACGUGGGUGGCUUUUGACCAGGAGCUCGGGACAGGGCAAAGCUGCCAGCCACCAGGGGCAGAGGGAUCUGACCUCCAGGAGAAGGGAACUGGUGCCUUGGGCAAGGGGCAGUGCAUAGCAGCGAGGAGGGCCUGUGAGAGGGACGACUGGGGACUAAGGUGGAAGAGGGGACAGUCAGACGUGCAGAGAGGGACAAGAGGACAAGCCACAAUGACCACGCAAGUAGAGAGCCAUAUCCAGUAUAACCACUCAUACAUGGUGACUGAAGAGUACAUGCAGCAGGAGGAGGACUGGGACCGGGACCUGUUGCUGGACCCCGCCUGGGAGAAGCAGCAGAGGAAGACAUUCACGGCCUGGUGCAACUCCCACCUGCGCAAGGCGGGCACACAGAUCGAGAACAUCGAGGAGGAUUUCCGCAAUGGGCUGAAACUCAUGCUGCUGCUGGAGGUGAUCUCGGGUGAGCGGUUGCCAAAGCCGGACAAAGGCAAGAUGCGUUUCCACAAGAUCGCCAAUGUCAACAAGGCCCUGGACUUCAUUGCCAGCAAGGGGGUCAAGCUGGUCUCCAUCGGGGCUGAGGAAAUUGUGGACGGGAAUCUGAAGAUGACUCUGGGGAUGAUCUGGACAAUUAUCCUGCGCUUUGCCAUCCAGGACAUCUCAGUGGAAGAGACUUCGGCCAAGGAGGGGCUGCUGCUGUGGUGCCAGAGGAAGACUGCUCCAUACCGGAACGUCAAUGUGCAGAACUUCCACAUCAGCUGGAAGGAUGGGCUGGCCCUGUGCGCCCUGAUCCACCGCCACCGGCCUGACCUCAUCGACUAUGCCAAGCUCAGAAAGGAUGACCCCAUUGGGAACCUCAACACGGCCUUUGAGGUGGCUGAGAAGUACCUGGACAUCCCCAAGAUGCUGGACGCUGAAGAUAUUGUUAACACACCCAAGCCGGACGAGAAAGCCAUCAUGACCUACGUGUCCUGCUUCUACCAUGCUUUUGCUGGAGCAGAGCAGGCUGAGACGGCUGCAAACAGGAUCUGCAAGGUGCUGGCUGUCAAUCAGGAGAACGAGAAACUGAUGGAGGAGUACGAGAAGCUGGCAAGCGAGCUGCUGGAGUGGAUCCGGCGCACCAUCCCAUGGCUGGAGAACCGCGUGGCAGAGAAGAGCAUGAGCGCCAUGCGGCGCAAGCUGGAGGAUUUCCGGGACUAUCGCCGAGUCCAUAAACCACCCCGCGUGCAGGAGAAAUGCCAGCUCGAGAUCAACUUCAACACCCUGCAGACCAAGCUGCGACUGAGCAACCGGCCCGCCUUCAUGCCCUCCGAGGGCAAGAUGGUCUCGGAUAUCGCCAAUGCCUGGAAGGGGCUGGAGCAGGUGGAGAAGGGCUAUGAGGAGUGGCUGCUGACCGAGAUCCGCCGCUUGGAGCGCCUGGAGCACCUGGCUGAGAAGUUCAAGCAGAAGGCAACGUUGCAUGAAUCCUGGACCAGAGGGAAGGAGGAAAUGCUCUCGCAGAGGGACUAUGAGUCAGCCUCGCUCAUGGAGGUGCGGGCACUGAUGCGCAAACACGAGGCCUUUGAGAGUGACCUGGCCGCCCACCAGGACCGUGUGGAGCAGAUCGCCGCCAUCGCCCAGGAGCUUAACGAGCUGGACUACCAUGAUGCUGCCUCGGUGAACUCCCGCUGCCAGGCCAUCUGUGACCAAUGGGACACACUGGGCACCCUGACCCAGAAAAGGAGGGAUGCGCUGGAGCGGGUGGAGAAGCUGCUGGAGACCAUUGACCAGCUGUACCUGGAAUUUGCCAAGAGAGCCGCGCCCUUCAACAACUGGAUGGAUGGUGCCACUGAGGACCUGCAGGACAUGUUCAUUGUGCACAGCAUUGAGGAGAUCCAGAGCCUGAUCACGGCCCAUGAGCAGUUCAAGGCCACACUGCCCGAGGCCGACAAGGAGCGCAUGGCCAUCCUAGGCAUUCAGAACGAGAUCCAGAAGAUUGCCCAGACCUAUGGCAUCAAGCUGAGUGGGGUGAACCCCUACACCAACCUCUCACACCUCGACAUCGCCAGCAAGUGGGACACGGUGAAGCAGCUGGUGCCACACCGAGACCAGACACUGCAGGAGGAGUUGGCACGGCAACAGGCCAAUGAGCGGCUGCGGCGCCAAUUCGCUGCCCAGGCCAAUGUCUUGGGGCCCUGGAUCCAGACCAAGAUGGAGGAGAUUGGGCACAUCUCAGUGGACAUCAGCGGUUCCCUCGAGGACCAGAUGAACCAUCUCAAGCAGCAGGAGCAGAACAUCAUUAACUACAAGGCCAACAUCGACAAACUGGAGGGCGACCACCAGCUCAUCCAGGAGGCCCUGGUCUUUGACAACAAGCAUACCAGCUACACCAUGGAGCACAUCCGGGUGGGCUGGGAGCAGCUGCUGACGACGAUCGCCCGAACCAUCAAUGAGGUGGAGAACCAGAUCCUGACCCGCGAUGCCAAGGGCAUCAGCCAGGAGCAGAUGAACGAGUUCCGGGCAUCCUUCAACCACUUCGAUCGGAAGAGGAACGGGAUGAUGGACCCUGACGACUUCCGCGCCUGCCUCAUCUCCAUGGGCUAUGACCUGGGCGAGGUGGAGUUUGCCCGGAUCAUGACACUGGUGGAUCCCAACAGCACAGGCGUGGUGACGUUCCAGGCCUUCAUCGACUUCAUGACCCGUGAGACAGCCGAGACUGACACGGCUGAGCAGGUUGUGGCCUCCUUCAAGAUCCUGGCAUCAGACAAGAACUACAUCACCAUGGAAGAGCUGCGGCGGGAGCUGCCCCCGGAGCAGGCCGAGUAUUGCAUCAGCCGCAUGACAAAGUACAGCGGGGCUGAUGCGGUGUCGGGCGCAUUGGACUACGUCUCCUUCUCCAGUGCCCUGUACGGGGAAAGCGACCUGUAACCCCCAUACUGGGAGCCCCCCGCUGCACCUCCCAGGAUCAGCACCCCUUCCCCAGAUCGGUGGGGGGAACCUGCCCUGGAUUCCCGCCACCCUACCCCAUGGAACGACGACACUGUGGAGCCCCACGCGGCCUGGACAGAUGGAUGGGGAUCUGUCUGGGUUAGGACCCUCUGUCCCCCACGUCUUGCCCCCAGUCCUCCCCAAAGCCCAGCUCCAGCUAGGAGCCGCCUCAGCUCCGUGUCUUUGCUGCUGCCCAAGUAGAUGCGUGCUUCCCCGCCUGGAUCAGCCUCCCUUGUCUCCCAGUCUCAGCACCUCCCUUCCCCCCUCUGGGGGUGCAGGCCUUGUGCUUUGAACCCCAACCUUCCCCCUCAAUGCCUCAAAAAUGAAGGAGGUGGGGCCAGUUCUCGGCAUGUCUGUCCCCAGCUAGGGGCUAGCUGUGCCGUCAAGGGGUCCCGUGGCCCCCGUCUCUGUGGCUCUGGUGCAGGGAGCUGCGCACUGGGGGUGGGGCACAAGGAACGGAACUGGGGAGCAGAGCUAGGUCGGGCUGGGCUAGGUGUGCUCCUUACACCCGCUAAUAAAUGAAACACAACAGAGAGACCCACCAACCACCUGGCUUCUGUACAGUGCGUGUGAGAGAGGCUUUGCCCCCUAGGCUGGAGAGGAUCAGUACUGUGUGUGUGCAUGUGUGUGGGGCAGAAUCGGUGCAUAUAGAGCAGGGGGUGAGCAGAGCAGUGCCAUUCUCAGGUUCCCAGGUGUUUUACAAGCACUGCUGGGCAAAGGUGGUGCCUGUCUUGCAGACGG